GACGUACCGAUCUAUGAGACCGUUGAGCAAUUUUAGCCAAAAUAAAUGAACUCGAAGCAAUAAGCUCACUGGUCUUACAAGAUUCGCUACACAUUCUCAUUAGGUUUUUACUUCUCUAACCCCACUGCCGUCUUCAUUCGCUUGAGUUCUAUUUUCACCUUAGGGUUCGCGAUUUUCCUCUCCUCAUCUCCGAUUUUCAAAGAUUCAGGGUAAGCGAAUUGUUGGAGAGGGGUUUUCCUUUUGCCGAGAAUAAUCGCUGUGAGCAUUGACGCGAGCAGUUUUUCAGCUUUUUCACCACUCGGUUCUGAAAUAAAUCCAAUUCACCACUUCAUCUCAGUACCUUGAGCAUUGAGUCAAGCCGUUUUAGCAAUUGCACACUGUGAACAAUCAUCAUUGCAGAUACGAAGCUGUUAAUUUGUUCUGAUACCUAGUAAACGAUCAAACCUCACUGAUCAUGUCGUUUUCCCGGUGUUUUAGAGGAACCCGUAUCUUUUCAUCUAUUAGCAAUUCUCGUAAUCUUGGGCCCUUUUUAUCCAGGCACCUGCUUGAUGGUGUGGGUUCGAGAUACAAUUUUGUUGGAGCAAGUGAUAACAUCAUACGUGGCCAGAGAUUUGGAUUUCAAUGUCGAGGUUUUAUGUCGAAGCGUGGAUAUAAAUCUAGGAGUUAUACUUUGGAGAAUCUGGUUUCGACUAGUUUCAACCGGCAAUAUGCUACUCAUGCUACCCCGGAAAAGAAAUCUAAGAAGAUGCUUUUCUACUUGACUGGAUUGGUCUUUGCUAUGGUGGGAUGUAGUUAUGCUGCUGUUCCCCUGUAUAGGAGGUUUUGUCAAGCUACCGGUUAUGGUGGUACUGUUCAGCGUCGGGAGAGUGUUGAAGAAAAGAUUGCUCGUCAUGUGAAGGAUGGCACUGUAACAUCCAGGGAGAUCGUUGUGCAGUUCAAUGCUGAUGUCGCUGAUGGGAUGCCCUGGAAAUUUGUUCCAACACAGAGAGAGGUGAGGGUGAAACCAGGAGAGAGUGCUCUUGCAUUUUACACUGCUGAAAAUAGAAGUUCGGCUCCAAUAACAGGUGUAUCUACCUAUAAUGUCACUCCAAUGAAGGCUGCAAUAUACUUCAAUAAGAUCCAAUGCUUCUGCUUUGAGGAGCAACGUCUUCUUCCUGGGGAACAGAUUGACAUGCCAGUCUUCUUUUACAUCGACCCAGAGUUUGAAACAGAUCCCAAAAUGGAUGGUAUCAACAACUUGAUUCUGUCGUACACAUUUUUCAAGGUAUCUGAAGAAAAUUAGUUCUGCUUUUGAUUACCAUCGGCCCGUCCAAUGAUUUUAGCACAUGAAAAAGGCAAGUGGUACGUCGUUUUAACCACCAGACAAUUAAAGAGUUUUAGUGCAAAAAAGAGAUCCCUCACAUUUUAGCUGUGGCUUUCUCCUCUCUUACCAAAUAGGGCGAGUUUCAACUCAAUCUUUUUCUGCUGGAAAGCUUGAUCUGGUAAAAUAAUUUGUGUAGCAAAUGAUUUGGAUGCACCGGCACUUGUACACUUAUUCUUACUGGCAGGAGAUUUGAGCUGUUUCUCGACAGGUCAAACCUCUGUUUUGAGCUGCUAUAUGUAAGCCUAUUCUUACAACAGAGUGAAUCUAUUUUUCCCAUUU